AUGUACCUGUACUUUUCAGCUGCUGUAAAUUCUGCUAUGAUUUUGAAGUUGCCAGUAUGGAAGUCGUUCAGUUGCUACUGUAGAAGAAAAUCGUCCUUCAUCAGGAACGUCGAGUCGAUAAUUCCUCAACUUGAAGAAGUUUUAGGGUACAAAAAUGUUAACAUCUCAGAUGCAGUUCGGGAUCAGCAUUCGCACGAUGAAGGACAUCAUCCCGAGAAACGGCCAGACGUUGUAAUAUUCCCAAAAAAUGUGAUUGAAGUAAGUACGGCUGUAAAAAUAUGUAAUGAAGCUAAGAUACCGAUCAUACCAUUUGGAACUGGUACAGGUCUCGAAGGAGGCAUUAAUGCAAUUGUGGGUGGUGUUUCAAUGGACUUAAUGGAUAUGAGUGACAUUGUUUCUGUAAAUGUGGCAGAUUUCGAUUGCGUAGUGCAGCCAGGUGUUACUCAUAAAUCUCUUAAUGCACGAUUACGUGAUACUGGGCUAUGGUUUUCUGUUGAUCCUGGUGCUGAUGCUUCGAUAUGUGGUAUGGCAGCAACAUGUGCUAGUGGAACUAAUGCGGUUCGAUAUGGGACUAUGUUGCAUAACGUAAUCAAUCUUCAGGUUGUCCUAGCCAAUGGAGAUAUACUAUAUACGAAUGGUAAAGAUAGAAGAUACAGGAAAACUUCUGCCGGUUUUAAUUUAACUGAGUUAUUUGUUGGAUCAGAAGGUACUUUGGGAAUCAUAACCGAGGCUACUGUUCGAUUAAAUGCUCGGCCUUUAUAUUGUUGUGUUACCGUUUGUUCAUUUUCGACGGUUCGUGAAGCUGUUGACGCUGUUGUCGCUGUUCUUCAGUGCUGUAUACCCAUCGCAAAAAUCGGUGAGUCUGGUACUUUCUACUAA